UAACACACAUAUGCACUUAAAUUCUCAUCAUUUUCCCAUAACUAAAAAAACAGCAUGACCUUCACCACAAACCCUCAACGUCGCCGCCUCUCAGCAACCACCACAACUACAGCCGUAGACUGCCAUAAACAAGUCCGUUCAUGGCGCCUCCUCCGCACCAUCGUCCAACUUCUCAUCCCAUCUUGCUACUGCACACUCGUCGAUCCAAAUGAUAAUCAAGAAGACAAAUCUCACCGCCAAAUCAAACCAAGAACCUCCUCCGCGACCACAAACUCCUCAUCUUUUACCGGAACAAUCUUUGGUUUCCGACGUGGCAAAGUAAACUUCUGCAUCCAAGCAACAAAUACCAAAACCCUAAAUCCAAUUAUUGUCCUCUUAGAACUCACCGUCCCUACCGACGUCUUAGCUCGCGAAAUGCAAGGAGGCGUGCUAAGAAUCGCUCUUGAAUCAAACAAUAGUGACGGAUAUGAUUCACAUCAAGAUUAUUCAUCUUUUUCUCUUCUUACAACACCUUUAUGGAACAUGUAUUGCAAUGGUCGGAAAGUUGGUUUCGCCAUCAAAAGAGAGCCUUCAAAAGCCGAGCUAGCCGCGUUGAAGGUGCUUACUCCGGUGACCGAAGGAGCUGGAGCUGUUAAUGGAGAAGAGAUUAACCGAGCGAAGAGUGAUCAUAUGAUGUACUUAAGAGCGAGUUUUAAACGAGUUUUUGGAUCGUUUGAUUCGGAAUCUUUUCAUCUCAUCGAUCCACGUGGGAUUAUCGGACAAGAACUAAGUAUCUUCUUUUUUAGAUCGUCACGGAAAUGAUCUUUGGAUCGUUUUGUUUUCGAGCAUAUGGAAAUCAAUCGGUGCACUAUACGUUGGGAUUAUAUCGAGAUUCAUUGGUGUUUUUUUACUGUUUCGUUUAGGCAAACUAAACCGAUUGAUGUGGAUCUCGUAAUGUUCUUUUUUAGCUGUGCUUGAUUAGAUGAAAAUGUAAUAAGCAUAGUUUUUUUAAUGAUCUCAACUUUUGUAUGCAGUAGUGGUGAACAUGUGUGUUCAUGUGUUUCUUGUAGUGCAAAGUCUUUUAAUCAUCUAUAUGAUAUAUCUAUGUGUA